AUGGCUGAGAUUUUCGACCCGUCCACGCAUCCCCACCGGCGUUACAAUCCCUUGACCAAUGAGCACGUUAUCGUCUCUCCCCAUCGAAACAAACGUCCGUGGCUUGGACAAGUUGAGCCCCCACAGAACGGCAAACUCCCGCAGUACGAUCCAGCUUGCUAUCUUUGUCCUGGAAACACUAGGGCUGGGGGAAAAAAGACGGAAGUUUAUGAACACACAUACAUUUUUGAGAAUGACUAUGCUGCUGUCCUGCCUCCUCCGAUGCCUGAAGCCCCCGUCAAUCCUCAUCAUCUCCUCACGACAGAGCCAAUUGGAGGAGACUGCGACGUUCUGAUCUUUCAUCCAAGACACGAUCUGACUAUCCCGCGAUUACUUAUCGAGGACAUCGAACGGAUUAUCGAAGAGUGGAUAAAGAUCUACGUAAGACGAGGCUCAGAAGAAGGCAUCAAGCAUGUACAAAUUUUCGAGAACAAGGGCGCCAUGAUGGGGUGUUCGAAUCCUCAUCCUCACGGCCAAAUUUGGUCUUUUACAAAUGUCCCGACGCUCCCUGCGCACGAAAUGGCUAAUCUCAUCGAUUAUUCCAAUUCUGUUCACCCUCCCUCGGAUGCCCCCCGAGGACCACAUGGAAAACCUUGCUUAUUAUGUGAAUACGCUCACACCGAAGUCAACAUUAGUGGUGCCGACCGAGUGGUUGUCAAAAAUGAUCACUGGGUCGCUGUCGUGCCCUGGUGGGCAUAUUGGCCUUUCGAGAUUUUGUUACUUCCGUACCGCCGACACAUUCCCUCGAUAUUACAUCUUACGCCUGAAGAGAAAACAUCUUUUGCCGAUAUUCUCUCCAAUAUUACGAAACGCUACGACAAUCUCUUCUCUUGCUCCUUUGCAUACUCUAUGGGUAUCCACCAACGACCAAUUCCUUUGUCCUCGCCGGAGGAAACAGACGAGGAUGAUGUUGCUCAUUUGCAUUUGCAUUUCUCUCCUCCUCUACUCCGAAGCGCGACUGUGAAGAAGUUCAUGGCUGGAAUCGAGUUAAUGGCCGAGUCACAGCGCGACAUUACUCCUGAACAGGCUGCGCAAAGGCUUCGCGAGUGCUCCGAAAUCCACUACAUGGAUGCUGCUAAGGAGUAA